AUGUCCACCAAGUUUCCCGCUCCUUCACAUCCAUCCUCUGACAGUAUGACUCUAGUCUCUGACGACCCUAGUUAUUGGCCACUCAUCAACUCUUUUCGUAUUGACAGCUAUUUCAUAGUUGCCGCCUUUGUUGCAGUGACAUAUGAUUGGGUCCUUACGUUCGGACAAGAGGUCGAACUGGUCUGGAGGCAACGUUGGUCCCUGAUGGCCAUUCUCUAUCUGAGCGUGCGCUAUCUUGGAGUAUUAUUUGUCAUCAUGAACAUACUAAGCCGGAUUCUGUACCUCGUGUGGAAUUGGACGAGUGUUGUGGCAUUUCCAAUGCUGUGUGUCAUCAUGAUCACACGGUUACAUACCAUGUAUCAACGAUCCAGAAGGAUCCUGAUAUUUCUCGUCGUCGUGUCCUUGGCAGUCAACAUUUUCGACGUAGCGGCCACUGUAAUGGCAACGAGGGAUAUUUCAGGGGAGGAACUCAUUCUCUCUGGCGCCUAUGUGUGCACGAUUUACAAUGUGGACAAUUCCAUACUAAAUUCCAUGACUUGGAUACUCGGCGCUGUCUGGGAGGUCCUCGCACUGUGUCUCGCAGUCUGGACUGCUGUAAAACACUUCCGUGAACUGCGACAACAUUCGGCAGGAGGGAUUAUCGGCGACUGUUUUACGGUGUUGAUCAAAUCCCACGUGCUUUACUUUGCGAGUUAUGUUGCUGUGUCUUGCUUCUACCUCAUUAUUUAUUUGUUUCCAACGCUCUUCAUGGACGUAUUUUCCUUCAAAACUCAGAUUCUUAUUGGUGUUCUUCAGAUUUUGGAAGCCAUACAGUUCUUUGUGUUGGGACCACGCCUCAUCCUUAGCGUUCGAGAAUAUCACGCUCGGCUCGUGGCUGAUUCUGAUGCAGCAACCGGCAUGAUCUCAAUCGCUUUCCAGGAGCGCGUGCAAAUAUCAACUGGCAGUGGCGUGUAG